CUCUUUUCCUCUCGCCUCGUUGCGGUGGCAACGUUUCAAAGCUCUCUGUUUUCCCACGCUUCAAUCCCGAAUUGGUAGGUUUGGAGGGGGAGAGAGAGAGAUAGAGAGAGGCGAUUCGAAGCGAAGGAAAAGGCGAAUAGAGACGCGUUGCACUCGCUUGGAGUUGGGACCGUUAGAAGGUGAGUGGCGCCAAGAUGAUGAUGACGAGGGCCUCGAUGGGGGCCAUGGAAGGGCCGGUGCUCGACGACGUGAUAAGGCGGCUGCUCAGCGGCGGCGGCAAGCAGGUCCAACUUUUCGAGGCCGAGAUCCGGCAGCUUUGCGUCGAGGCGAAGAAGGUUUUCCUUUCGCAGCCCAGCCUCCUCGAGCUGCACGCCCCUAUCAAGAUCUGCGGUGACAUACAUGGGCAAUAUAUUGACCUUUUGAGGCUGUUUUAUAUAGGUGGAUUCCCUCCUAAUUCAUCUUAUCUGUUUCUUGGGGAUUAUGUGGACAGGGGCAAAUAUAGCUUGGAAACCAUAUGCUUGCUCCUAGCUUAUAAAAUAAAGUAUCCUGACAAAGUCUUUCUCCUAAGAGGAAACCAUGAAGAUGCUAAAAUCAAUAGAGUCUAUGGAUUUUAUGAUGAGUGCAAAAGGAGGUUUAACAUUCGGCUAUGGAAGACAUUUUGUGAUUGCUUUAAUUGCUUACCCAUGGCAGCCGUAAUAGAUAAAAAGAUAUUUUGUAUGCAUGGUGGCCUUUCGCCAGAGUUGGAAAACAUUUACCAAAUUCGAGAUAUCUCGAGGCCCACUGAGAUUCCAGACUAUGGUCUUCUUUGUGAUUUGCUUUGGUCUGAUCCUGAUUCUGAUGUACAAGGCUGGGGUGAGAGUGAUCGAGGAGUUUCUGUUACUUUUGGUGCUGAUAAGCUUGUUGAGUUUUUGGAGAGGAAUGAUCUAGAUCUUAUUUGCCGAGCUCAUCAAGUAGUGGAGGAUGGCUAUGAGUUUUUCGCACAUAGAAGAUUAGUCACAAUUUUUUCAGCUCCAAACUAUUGUGAACAAUUUGAUAAUGUGGGUGCGUUAUUAAGCAUAGAUGAAAACCUGUUAUGUUCAUUUGAGAUAUUAAAAGCAGCCACACCGGGCAGCUCCGAUGCAUUGGUAAAAAUACCUAAGAAGCCAUCUCAAGGUGGACAGGUUUAAUGUCUCCAUAGUCAAUCGUUAGAGGGUGACUCGGGUCGGAGGGCAGGUUAUUGUGAAUGUGGAUCAACUGGAGCUUGCAUUAAGGCCCUGAAAUGCAUUCAACAUGCUCUUGAACCAUUAGAAGAUGAAGUUUGUGUGUCAUGCCAGCAAACAUCUGUAAAUUAUUCGACUCCUUGUUGUACAGCAAUUCUAUACAAUUUUCCCCCCUCCUAUGCACAUGUAUGUAGGAGGGCUCAUUAUAAGAGACUGAUUUCGAGGUUCA